AUGCCAUCGAUGCGACCCUACGAAGAUCAGGGUCCUACUAUCCUCGCGAGCACGCUAACCGUCACCGUCGUGGCCGUGCUCACGACGAUUGCGAGGUUCUAUGUCCGAGUUAAGAUGAUCAGGAAUGUUGGUUGGGACGACUAUGUGAUGCUGUUGGCUAUGACAUUGUGCAUUGCUGGCCAAUGCCUUGUUAUACCGCAAGUUCAUAUGGGGGCGGGAAAACACAUCGAUUACAUCAAGAAGGAAGACUCCGUAGCCGCUUUGAGGUUGAACCUCAUUUCGCAGCCGAUCUUCCUGUUCGCCAUAUGUUUUGUCAAGGUCUCUGUGGGGUUCUUUCUCCUUCGGAUUGCGGUCGGACGGUUAUACAGGCGCUUGAUUAUCGGCAUCAUGGUAUUUAUGAUAGUUUACACCAUCGGCUGCGCCCUUACAGUCGUCACACAAUGCCAACCCCUAAGUCUCAUGUGGGAUCAAAGCGUCAAAGGCACAUGCUGGACCAUCCAGACAAGACAAGCCCUCGGCUUCCUGAACAUCGUACUGAACAUCAUCACCGACAUUGCAUUCUCAGUGGGGAUACCAAUUCCCAUGCUGUGGGGCGUGCAAAUGAACCGCCGUCACAAAGCGUCCCUCAUCUGUAUCCUCGGCCUUGGUACAUUCGCUACAGUCGCCGCUUUGGUCAAGCUAUCCUACCUCCCUCACUACGGGCGGGAAGGCGACCUCCUCUGGGACUCGCGCGACAUGACCAUCUGGACCGUUGUCGAAUGCAACGUCGGUAUCGUCGCCGGUAACCUGCCCUGCCUCAAACCGCUCUUUCGAUCCAUCCUCGUGUCCACAUACGGCAGCGGCUCCCGCAAGAACUCGCAACCGCGAUACUUUUCAGAUGCAUACGGAAAAGGCACAAAGCAGCGCUCUGCGGUCAAAAGCUACGGUCCUCUCUCAUCGAACAAAACGUCGGAGGGCGAUUAUGCAGGUCAUGGCGCUGCUGGCAAGUCCUACAUGCUCACGACAAUCGAUGCGGCGACCAAGCAAGGUGGAGAUCUAAGCAGGAGUCCAUCCGAGGGAAGCUCAAGGAGCGGGGAACGGGGGAGCACGGAGAGCGACACGAGGCUACACAGCAAAGCACAUGGAAGUGGCGGCAUGGGCAACAUCACAGUGACGACAAAGGUAGAUGUGACUGAGUCGAUGCAUUCACAUGACAUCUACGAGAGCGGGCGGACAUAUCAACAGAGACCACAAGCGAAGGAGAUGGUGUGA